GUAAUAAUAUUUUAUAAACAUCGUUACCAAAUAUUUUCCAUAAACUUGAUUUUGAUUUAAUUAAUAACAUAAGCAUUUGUAAAAAAAGUAAAAGUUAUCAAAAAUCAUAUUUUAUAUAAAUCGCAUGAAAUUUAAAGUAGCCAGUUAAAUAUACUGAUUUAAAAAUGCUUUCUCGGUUAACAUUGUUAACCCUCUUCAUUUCAUUGGCAGCCGCAGCAACUGUCAGACCCACAUACGACGUAUAUGGUAAUUACAAAACAGACGAAUACCACAAGUAUACAUCCGAUUGCUGCCGAGUUCCAAACUGUGAUGAAUUCGGAAGAUGCUACGACUCUAUAGAAUGCGGCCAUAUUUGCUCCACCGCAAAUUAUCCCAAAGCACAAGUUAACAGAACUCCGGGAUAUCACAAAAAGAGUUCAUACACCAAAUACGACUGUCAUUUUGGGGAGUGUAAUCAUUAUCAGUUCACUUGUGACCACUGCCCCGAUCCAGCGCAAUACGAUUUUAGUAUUUAUACAGUGAGGAAGGAUUGUAUGAGUUGUUAUGCAUAGUGAAAGACUGAAUUACCUUGCAUUAAGACUGUAGUUAUUAUUUGUUUUGCUUUUUAGUGUGAUUUAAUUUCGAUUUUUUUUAAAUAAUAAAUUAUUGUUAUAUGUA